GCCUUUAUAUCCAAACGGUCCAUAGAAGGAAACUUUGCUCGAGUGUGGGGGCACACUUCUCCCAGCUACCAACCCUGGCUGUGCCAAACACUAUAAAUCAAUGGUCAAGAAAGCGUUCAGAAUAUCGGUAAGGAACUGACGCCAUGAAGACUUCACAGCAGUUCGUUUUUUUGAACCGAGAAUGAACUGUUUAAAUAUAUGCGUAAUGACAAAGUGGUAGAUGUGGAUAUCCUGUAGCCAAUAAUCCCGACGGCGCACACCGUGCGCCUGUAGACUACAGGACUGGAAUCGAAAGGCCGAUUCUGUUCGAAACGCCCUCAGUCCGAGGGAGGGGAGUAGAGAAGUAGCAUUCUGGUGACAAAGAGGACCAUACACGGCGACCGAGGUUGAAGAUUGAGGUGGAUCAGGGCCAGCGCCAGGCGGGUUGUUUGUGAUUAACUGCUGCUGGGGCCUGGGGUAUGGAGAUGUUGCGUCGCUCCUCAGUUUUCGCGGCUGAAGUGAUGGAAGUAUUUGACCGCUCCCCAACAGACAAGGAGCUGGUGUCACAGGCGAAGGCUCUAUGCAGGGACUACAUCCAUUCCAGACUGAACCGAACCGGGAUAGGUUGGUCCAAACCCGAGCAUCAGCUGUCAGCAUCUGGUGGGAUGCUUGGAGAGGUAUCCUCUGUCCUCAUGUGGUUAGGUGAUGAGUUGGAGUACCUGCGGCCCAACAUCUACCGUAACGUAGCUCGUCAGCUGAACAUCACCGUAGCGUCUGAGAGCGUGGUGUCUGAUGCCUUCCUGGCUGUGGCUGCAGAGCUCUUCUCCACUGGUAUAACGUGGGGGAAGGUGGUAUCCCUGUAUGCGGUAGCUGGUGCCCUGGCGGUGGACUGCGUGAGGCAUGGUCACCCAGCAAUGGUACACACCAUCGUCGACUGCAUUGGGGAGUUUGUCCGCAAGAGCCUGGUCUCCUGGUUGAAGAGGAGAGGAGGAUGGGCUGAUAUCACGAAGUGUGUGGUGAACACAGACCCCAGCUUCCGCUCCCAUUGGUUGAUGUCUGCUGCCUACGCCUGUGGACAUUACCUGAAGGCCAUGGUGUUUUACCUGCUCCGGGACAAGUGAAACGGAGGAGGAAGCUCGCAGACACACGAUGAGCAGUCUGCGUCAUACGAACACAGCCACCCCUGUCCAUCAGUGGAGUACAGGACAAGCAAAGCCUGGUCCCAGAUCAUUUUGUGCUCUUGACAACUCCAGUGAUGUCAUUGUCAAGCCAAACAUGUUUGUCAUGACAAUGAGUGACAAGGAGUUGCACAAACAGACUGGUACUCAGGGCCAGCCUCCCUCCCUUCCUUCCUCUCUCCCUCUGUCCCUCUGUCUGAGCUGCAGCCAUCCCUGCUCUAGCGUCUAGAUAUGUUGUUGUUUACACCUGCAGAAGUUUGCUCCGACACUGCCACUGGCGAGCACCUUGGGCCUUCACAAACGCACUGGCCUGGAGCAUCAAUGUGAAUUAGCCUUGUCUGCUUUGAUCAAACUUUAGGGUAUUUAUUAUUUAGCUUGACGGCAAUAUUUUGGCGUGCAGUACAGAUCCUCCAGCUGGAUUGUGAGGUAGUAGUCUAGUCAUAUAGAUCUAUAGAAUGCCACCCAUCAACCAUUGACUUGAAUGUGAAUGUCCUUUCUACUCAUUCUAUUUCUGUAUUUGUUUUUCUUCAGUUAAAUCCGAGAGUCACAUUCCUUGCUUUAAAAAAAAAAGAAAAUGAAUUUUACUAGGCAAGUCAGCUUAAGGACAUGUUGUUAUUUACAAUGACGGCCAACCCCGUACAACACUGGGCCAAUUGUGCGCCACCCAGGAGCUUGCUUUACACAUGGGCAAAUAUUACAUUCAAAGCAAUGGAAGAUUUCUAUAAAUUUCAGUUUCUGUUCUGCACAUGUCAAGCAAAGGGGAUAUGGCCCAGACAGUGUACCUGUAAAUAAACCAGUAUUUUUCAUCCAGGGGUCAUACUCUCCCUGGUGGCUGACAAUAAGAAUGACCAGAAUCCCUUUUUGAUGACGAUUUGAAAAGGAAAAUUGUGAAAUCAUUCGGAAUUCCUCAGUUUGGAUGGAAAUAUUGUUUAGAUUCUAAGGUUUGUCUGCAUGCUCCACGUAGUUGAUGAGUGUGAAUUUACACAAAAUCUGGGUGAAUAAGUGUGUGUUUGUAUAUAUGACUGUUUUUGUAAAAUAUUGUGCAAUUAUGGAUCACUCUAUCACCUGAAACUUGAAUCCCAUUCAGACAUUUUGUCUGUUUUCUACAAAUUAUUUGUAUUCUGUGACACAGUAGCUUACACAUACACUGUAUUUGGCAUGCAGCACUGAGUGUCUUCAGAAAUAAAAUGUUUUACAUUUCAA